AUGCGUGGACGCGGCGGUCGCGGCGGCAGGGGCGGACGCGGUCGCGGCGGACGUGGCCGUGGCGGUGACAGGGCGGGCGGCGACCGCGACGUCGAGAACGACAGCAAGAUGAACCAGCGGUCGCUGGACCGGUACUUUGUGCCGGCGACGGCCGAGGAGCAGGCGUACGCCGACGGCCUGCAGUUUGGCGAGGCCUCGAGCUUCCGCCCCGACGCCGUGACGCUCGAUUCGCUGACGGGCUGGGGCCCUGCCGUCGCCGGCGACGGCGAGCGCGCCAAGGUCGAGUCGGUCAUGCAGAACCUGCGCAUCCUGGGCGGCGCGCAGCCCUUCGAGCCGCGCCACCUCGGCGUGCCCGAGUGGACCGCCAAGAAGCUCGCCAAGACGGACAGCAGCAUGCACUUUUUCGACACCAAGGAGGAGAGGGCGCACUUUGUCGCGCGCCAGCCCGACUUCAAGAUUGAGGGCGCCGAGGAGGCCGUGCGCAAGGUCGUCCUGGCGCGCGCCGUCAAGGGCGAGCACGAGAAGCCGCAGUACAGCGCGGGCAAGAAGCCGGUCGACUUGGCGAGAAACGCGCAUCUCAAGGAGCCGACGUACAGGGAGAAGGACGUUGAGACCUUUGAGACCAAGGUGAAGCAGCUCAUUGCUUCGAAGAAGGGCAGCGCCGGACAGCAGGGCAAAGAGGCGCAGGCUUAG